AUGGCCCGAAACAGCCUGCCUCAGCUUCACCAACAGAUCUGCAGAGUAGAGGUGGAGCAGUAUAAUGAAGGCAGUGUUACUGUCGGUACUCGUACACCCACCGAUUCAGAGAGACGUAGCUGCUGUGUAACAGCAGGGAAGCUGGUCUAUGUCUUCACCACCUGGCGCUCGGGGUCGUCCUUCUUCGGGGAGCUCUUCAACCAGAACCCCGAGGUCUUCUUCCUCUACGAGCCGGUGUGGCACGUCUGGCAGAAGCUGUACCCCGGGGACGCCGUCUCGCUGCAAGGGGCGGCCCGCGACAUGCUGAGCUCCCUGUACCGCUGCGACCUCUCCGUCUUCCAGCUCUACAGCACGGCGGGCGCCGGCAAGAACCUCACCACACUGGGCAUCUUCGGGGCGGCCACCAACAAGGUCAUCUGCUCCUCGCCCCUCUGCCCAGCCUACCGCAAGGAGGUGGUGGGCAUGGUGGACGACCGGGUGUGCAAGAAGUGCCCCCCGCAGCGCCUCAGCCGCUUCCAGGAGGAGUGCCACAAGUAUCGCACGCUGGUCAUCAAGGGCGUCCGCGUCUUCGACCUGGCCGUCCUCGCCCCGCUCAUGCGGGACCCGACCUUGGACCUCAAAGUCAUCCACCUGGUGCGAGACCCCCGGGCCGUCGCCAGCUCCCGCAUCAAGUCCCGGCACGGCCUCAUCCGGGAGAGCCUGCAGGUGGUGAGGAGCAGGGACCCCCGCAUCCAUCGUAUGCCCUUCCUUGAUGCCGGCCACAAGCUGGGCGGAAAGAAGGAGGGGGGGGGUGGCUCAGACUACCAUGCCCUGGGUGCCAUGGAGGUCAUCUGCAGCAGCAUGGCCAAGACCCUGCAGACCGCCCUGCACCCCCCUGACUGGCUGCAGGGCAACUAUAUGGCUGUGCGCUACGAGGACCUGGUGGUCGAGCCCAUCAAGACCCUGCGGCAGGUGUACGGCUUCGUCAACCUGGCGGUCAGCCCAGAGAUGGAGAAGUUCACCCUCAACAUGACCAGUGGCCCCGGCUACUCCUCCAAGCCCUUCGUGGUGUCGGCCAGGAACGCCACCCAGGCGCUGAGCGCCUGGAGGACUGUGUACGGCUUCGUCAACCUGGCGGUCAGCCCAGAGAUGGAGAAGUUCACCCUCAACAUGACCAGUGGCCCCGGCUACUCCUCCAAGCCCUUCGUGGUGUCGGCCAGGAACGCCACCCAGGCGCUGAGCGCCUGGAGGACUGCGCUCAGCUACCAGCAGAUCAAGCAGGUUGAUGUGUACUGCCACCAGCCCAUGGCCCUGCUGGGCUACGAGAGGGUCGGCAGCCCCGAAGAGGUGAAGGACCUCAGCAGAACGUUGCUCAGGAAGCCGCGGCUGUGACGGGGGGGGGGGGGGGCGCGGGCGCCCGCCGACCGCCCUCGGGGGCGGCUGAGCCCCGCUGGGGAGAGGAGCCGCUCCGGCUGGCUUGAGUGAGGGAGGGAGCCGGGAAAAGCAACCUGGUUUCCGAUUUCCUCCAAAGACUGCUGAAGGGUAACAUACAGUAAUGUGAUGAUUUAUUUCUUUUUUUAAUUUUUUUUUCCCCCGUGGCAUUGGGUUAGAUGCGAUUUAAAAGAAAAAUAAAGUGGAACUGAAAAUAUGUGUAAAGCCCGUUUCCCCUUCUCUAAAAUGCCAGGCAGUGAUUCUGUACCAAAAUCUUGUUUAUGGAGUUCUUGAGUUUUUGUUACCAUCUUCAAACCCACUUGCACCAUUCCUAACACAUCUUUAUCUCCCUUGGUGCGGAGGCGAUGCCCUUGGAAAGCAUAAUGCUGAAAAUCAGACUUUUGUGUGAAAGCGAAUGUUCAGACAUGAUAGUAAUAAAAGAAAAAACAAUAAAUGAUAUUCAUUUUUAUAAUUACCUCAAUUGUUUGGGAAUUACAGUGUUGCUUAUGUACAGCUGGAGGGGAUGCUUGCUUAAAAUAGCAGUGUGGACUUUUUUUAAGGGUAUGGGUGGAGGGCUGGAGUGCAACAUUUGACGUGUUCAAAGAUUAGGAGCUGCUCUCGCAGAAACAAGUACAGAUCUCACAAAUGUAGUGCAGGUUUUAUGGCUAUGUCAAAGCAGGUUUCUAUUUAACUAUUGUCUUUUUUGUUGUAUUUAAAAAGUCUUUCAAGUGCCACUGUAUUAGUGUCCUAAGAGUUUUAAAACGUUUACCAUCACAGCAGUAUUUAUUUUUGUCUUGACAUGUAUGUCCAGGAGUCACUGUCAAAUAGAAGUGGAUCUACAGUGUGACAAGAAGUACAGGAUUUAAAAAGACAUUUAUCAUACUGGAAACAUUAGCAUGUGUGAAAACAAAAAUAAAAUUAUAUAUAUUAUAUAUAUUCUAUAGUGCUAACAAUACAGUAAGCUAUUUAAGAUAUUUCUUGACGUUGAUUGGUAACAGGCGUAACAGGGAAGCAUAGGAAAAUGCAUAAAAUGAUUUAUUUUUCCCCUUUGUCUAAGUGUCCGAGGGUAUAUUUAUGUACGAGGAGGGAGGAAACGUACAGCUGUGUGUUCAUAGCUAUAAUGGAGCUUUUACAGAGUCGACCUAGUGUUUGAUUUUAGAGCGCUGGUUAGAUACUUGUUUCUUGUGAAUUGUCAUUGCUCUACAAUGGAGCCAGAUGGUGGUCUGGCUCUUUCUGGGAGCUUUGCCUAGAGACUCUCUCCCAUCUUUAAAACUUGAUUAAAAAAAAAAAAAAAGGAGAUUUUACUACUUCUGCUUUUAUAAUUUUCUGAAAAAGCCCCGGUUUAUUAAAGGUGAAGUGGUGUGUUGCAUAUGAGAAGUGCAGACACCUCGGGUAGUUUUUAGUCUUGGCGGUGUUCUCCGAUGCUCUUUGAAGGCUCAUUUUGGAACUUGAGUUUUUAAACAAAAGUGGUUUUGCCAAACUGUUCUCUUAGGAGACUAUAGGCUUUUCUACAGGAAAUACAUUUUACAUUGCCUACGUGGGUGUUGUGCCUUCAGCAAAUGUAAAGAGUACGAGUAGGAAAAAGGAACGUGAUUUGUGAAAAUAAAUUGAUAUAAACAGGAUGCUGAUAAGUGUGUGCGUGUGUGAAAAUUUUAGCGAUGUGUAAUAUGUCUAUUUCUUGUAUUGGUACUUUUACGUUAAACAGGUGAUAACUGGCUACUAAGCUAUUUGAGUUCUUGAUGAAAUUUUGGCAUUAGAUGUUGAACUUACUCUGAAAAGGAAACACAUUUAAUAAACUAGUUAAAAGAUUAUUGCA